AUGACAACGACGAGUGAUGCGGCUCCGGCCGUCCUCCGCCGCCGACGACCCACUACCUCCGAGCCGGUGCCGGCCCCCUGCGGUGUUGGACGGCGCGACUCCGCGUCUGACACGGUCCCUACGGCCCGGGUCGACCUGUUGUCACUCCCGCCCGAGCUUCACCUGGCCGUCUCCGAGUACCUCAUCUACCCCGACGCCCUGUCGCUCAAACAUACCAAUCGCCACUUCUACAGCAUCGUUGACACGGGCAUUGACCUCAAGAUCAACUGGCUGUUGGAGCGGCGCCGCCUUCACCUCGAGUGUCCCAACGACCGCCGCUGCGAUUUCGGCAGUGACCUGCGUUUCUGCCGCGGGAGCGUACCCCUUCUGAUGCGCCGUCGCCGCGAGCACAUCGAAUGCGAGUCGCGCCCGGGGCUCGGCUGCGUCGUCUACGGCACACCUGCCUGCUCACACCGGCUCCGGAGGCCGAACCGCUGGCGAGCCGGUCUGCAGGCCAAGUUUACGGUCGAGCUGUGGUGGCUCCUGUUAAUCGCUCUUGUGCCCGUCUUCUGCGCCUGCAUUCUGGCCGCCCGCUGGUUUUAA